AGAUGCGCUAAUAAUCAUCCGCAAAGUGUUUGGCUCAUCCUUGACCGGACUCAGGGCUGUGCUGCUGCAUAUUGCAAAUAAUAUUACACCGGCUAAUAUGAACUUAAUGAUGUGAGGACUCGUCCCUGUCAUCCUCCCUGGAGCUCAGCAUGGCGCAGGAGGACAAACGCAGCCUGGAGGCGAAAUUUGCUGCUGCAGUUAAAGUGAUGCGGAGUUUACCCGGAGAAGGUCCUUUCCAGCCAUCUGACGACAUGAUGCUGAUGUUCUAUAGUUACUACAAGCAGGCAACCUCGGGGCCCUGCAACAUCCCCAGACCCAGUGGCUUCUGGGACACUGGGGGGAAAACUGAAUGGGAUGCAUGGAGCUCUUUAGGAAACAUGACAAAGGAGGAAGCCAUGAAGAAUUAUGUGGAGGACAUCCAGCUGAUUUUGGAGACAAUCCCCAUCUCAGACGAAGUGUCCGACCUGGUUCAGAAGCUUGGCAACUUCUACAUUGAGACAGAUGGAGAAGGGGAAGAAGCUGAAGAAAACGAAGUGGACAGGAGAGCCUUCACCAGGCCUUUUGCACAACACGCAGAUGAGCUGAUCAAACCCUUUAAGAAACCAACAAUGGAAGGCUAUGGGGAUCUGUGGGAUGAUAUACAAAACCUCCAGAAUACAGACAGUUGUUAUGGUGUAAGUGUCAGUAGCACGGAGGAGCAGGGAAGUAAAGAAAACAGUGAAAUGGAGAGAAAAGAGGAAAGUAGUGAUGGAAAGAGGAGUGAGGACGAGGAGAAUGGGGAUGAAGAAGACAAUACAGAAGACGACACGGAGGAAGAGGAGAAAAGAGUCUGGACUCCUAAUCCACGGCUGCUGAGGGUGGACGACAAGAGGUGGAGGUCUGACACCAGAGGCUCCAGCAGCAGCAUGGAACCAAGCAUGUCCCCCUUCACCAACGGGACACACAGCUCGCUCAACAGCGAGGUGGAGGAGGAGGAACUGGCCUGUUCCAUCGAGCCCAGUGUGCAGUAUAACCCUUAUGUGCACUUUAAUGGACAUCUGAGUGAUCAUAGCGAUGCUGCUCCUGAGAAGAACCACCGAUCCACAGACUCCGAUAAUGAGGAGUUCUGUGACUCAAUGGAGCAUUUAGCCAUGGAAGAGCGGGUGUUGACAUCAAAAGUUCCGACACCUAGAUCAAGAGCUGCCUCCGUGAAGCAAAACGAUCUCUGGUUUGAGAGCAACACUACGCUGAAUGGAGGAGAAGAUCAAGCAGUAACAAGAGAUUCCUACUUUAAAGAUGGGAUUAGUACGAGUCAAAACAGCAGCUCCUUAUCAAGAAGAGGGAGAGUUUCAGGUUCUCAUUCGUUGAGGGCGACCUGCAGCUGUGUGCGGUGUGUUGGUGCAGCUGCUGCCAGUUGUGUGUCACAGAGCAGAUUUCCUGUCGGUGCUUUAAGAGGAAACGUCAACGAGCAAAUAGCUACAGCUCUUUUGAGGCUGCAGCGCGACAUGGCCAAUGUGUUGCACCGGUUGCAGGCUCUGGAGAUGAUCGCUGUGUCACAGUCGAGAUCAUCGUCACCAAGGCAGGCGGACUCCCUAACAGUGGCACGAAAGGUCCUGAGACCGUCCUGGUGGCCUUUUGAGCUCUCUCCACUCACAGUGGUGUUGACUGCUAUCUGGCCUCUGAUUGCCCACUGGCUUUUCCAGCUUUACUUGAUGCGGAAGAGGAGGCGAAUCCCCUGACUCUCUGACCACCACCAGCAUCAGAGACAUGAACCUGGGAUGAAAUUGUUUCUUGUCUUGUGGCUUUUUAAAAGUCACCAACAGACAAUGUGAUGAGACAACAGUAGAGAUGAAGAGGCUACCUUAGAUAAAUGAAUGGUCAGAAAGGCGUUGCUCUAUGUAGCGUAACUAUGGAGACUGUGAGGACUUCUAAAGAAGGGAAGAUUAAUGCAUUAUAAAUGCAGGCACAUUUUCAAUGUUAUAGUUAGCUUAGCAUUACCUGCUCUUAGUUAUAACUCACAAAACUGAUUCAACUUUUAAUUGAAACACUUUGAUAAUCAUAUAUUGCACUGUUGACCUUAAGUAAUAAGAGUGUUGCACCAUUGUAAAUCACCAGUUAUUAAUGGUACAUUUUUUGUCAAAUAUUUUCUUUUCCCUGAUAAUUGUUGACUUCAGCCUUUUAUACUGAUAGACUGAAUAUGUAGACAUAUUUCAGGAGAAUUUCCUUUGAGACCAAAUAGACAUUUAAGCUGAAAUAUAUGGUAAUUUAUGUAUAAAAGUAAAUGUUGGUGACACAGCUUCAGUGAAACUGCAGUAAAGGUUGGACAGAGUACAGACAAAUCAUAUACUGUAUCAAUAUAUUAUAUAUUUAUUCUUGUUUCUUGCCAGCUGUACAGUGGAAAUGAAGGGUGGUGUUCAAUAUAAGCAAGGUUACAGUGCUUUGAAAUAUACAAUGGUAAAACAUCAGUAUAUGAAGCACAUUUGACAUGCAAUAAAUACCCUCAUGAAGCAUA